AUGAAUGGAAACUCUGAUAACCACAAUAUGGCAACAGAGUACACAAAGGAAGUGAACAAAGCUUGUUGUAGUAAUGCUUUUUUAUCACAAGAAAGUGAUUACAAAGACACAUUUGUUGGAUUCUACGCUGACAUUCACGGUAAUAAAAACACGAAGACCCAAGACGAGCUUUACAACGACUUUAAGACCAUGUCAGAGAUUAACGAGAGUUGUCCAGAGACAGUGAACCCGAGUUACUAUCGAUCUACGUUUUUUGAUAAACUCCAAGGAGUCUUUGAGAUCAUUCCGAAUGAAAUAUAUCAAGUCAGAAUACGGUCAAUGGACUUUGCGAAUAUGACUGUUGUUAGAGGGAAGACGGGGUGGAUCAUAAUCGACUGUAUGUCGACUAACAAAGCAUCUAAAUUUGCUUUUGAGCUUAUUAAAAAGACAGUUGAAGAUGUUGAUGUGUCGGCCAUUAUAAUCACUCAUUCCCACGGCGACCAUUAUUUGGGAUAUGGAGGGGUUGGGACUUUAGUGACUCCUUUAUACCUCCCAGCUUUAUUUAAAGAGAUGUGUUUCGAUGAGACAAUUAUAGCUGGUGACGCAAUGACACGAAGGUCUGAUUAUAUGUAUGGCUGUUACAUUAAUGGCAUCACACAUCUAGUUACUGAACAUGAGAGCUCACAGACUGAAAAACGGACUAGCUUUCCUAUUUCUAAAAACACUACUUUCAUUAAGGAAUGGUGUACUUUGGAAAUAGAUGGAGUCAAUAUAGAAUUCUUGCCAACUCCAGGCGCAGAGGCACCUUCUGAUAUGGUUCAAUAUAUUCCAAAAUACCACGUAUUGAGUACUGCAGAUAAUGCGAUGCAUUUCCAACACAAUCUUGGAAGUUUAAGAGGAACUAAAGUGAGAAGUGGAAAAACUUGGAGCGGGUAUUUAGACGAAAUACUUGUUCGAUAUGGUGAUGAUGUCCAAUACCAAUUUGGUGGACAUGAUUGGCAUCUUGUGGGGAAAGAAAAGAUCACAACAUUUUUGAAGACCAAACGGGACUUAUACAAAUACAUCCACGACCAAACGUUACGCUUUGCGAACAAGGGAUACAACUCAACUGAAAUUGCUGAAUUCCUCAAACUGCCAAAAAGCCUUGAGAGACUCAAUGUUGUCGUGGAUUCAAAGAAAUACGUCGCUGGCUUUGGUGGUCCCGAAAAGACACUUCAACUUGGGCAAACUGCUUAUACAAAUGGAGAGUAUAGGUGGGCUGCAACUGUUUUGAAUCAUCUUGUCUUCUCCGACAAAACAAAUACAGAGGCUAGACUACUUCUUGCAAAGACGUACGACCAAUUAGCUUAUCAAUCCGAGUGCGGCUCUUGGAGUAACAAUUACUCGACUGCCGCCUUCGAAUUAAGAAAUUUGAACGUGAAGAAACCCCUUAGUCGAGCUGCAGCAUUCCAUGACCUUCCACUCUUCGCUUUUGCAGAUAUGAUGUCCGUCUGUAUCAAUCCAAAGAAAAUCGUUGAACCGGAAAUGAGCUUCAAAAUCACUUACACGGACACUAAAGAACAAAUAGUGCUCAUAGUGUCGAAUGGCGUUGUUCACUUAAGAAGGUCUGGAGAGGUCGAUUGUGAAAUAACUGGCAAGAAGAAUGACGUCUGUGACGUUUUUGAAAAAAGAGUCGCACUCGAUGUCGCAAAGGAAAAAGGAAUUCUUGUUGUCACACAAGUCGACAACGCCAAAACGUUUAUUGACGCUCUCGACAUCAACACUACAUACUUCUCUUUCAUUGAGCCUCGUGAUUAA